AUGGCAGGGCCUGAAAGAGUUUUGCAAAAAGUCUUGAAACUGAAAGAACGACUCAGCCAUACUCAAGAUCCUUCAAAGAUUAUAAAAGCUCUUAGAGGACUUGAGGUUUUGAAAAUAUCCCUGGACAUCCUAGUGGAAACAGGAGUGGGGAAAACGGUGAACAGUUUUCGGAAACAUCCCACUGUGGGCAAUCUGGCUAAGUCCUUGAUAAGCCAUUGGAAAAAACUUGUUCCUCAAGAUCAUGCAAGUUGCAAAAACUCUCCAUCUGACAAGCAGAAGAAAGCUCAUCGCUUAAAAGUUGAACAAAGAAAUGGAUAUUUUGAUGAAUUCCUCAUACACACAAACGAAGUGCAAAAUGAUAUUUGUCAGAAUUCUUCUGGAGGCCUAAAAAUGAAUAGUUCCAAACACACCAACAAAGAAAGCAAAGAGAGAGGCAGAUCUUCAGAAAAGCACAGUUCCUCUACAGCUAUUAAUGGAAGUUCAAAAAAGAACCAUUUCUUUCCAGACAAAAGUAAAAACUCUUCAUCUCUAAAAGUAGAAAAAUAUGGUAAGGACCAACCGGCCAAGUCAGCAGAUGCUGGGUUGAAAGGAUCAGUGAAACCUAAUUCAAGGUCUAAAAGCUUCAGCAGUGAAGGUGUUGAGCCUCCUGCUAUGUCCUUUGAAUCAUACCUUAAUUAUGAUCAGAUUUCCAGUAGAAAAAAGAGGAAGACCUGCCCUGUGAGCAGCCAGGUUGUGAUGAACAGCACCUCCGGGUCUCAGAAAAGGGUAGCAUCAGCCUCUGAUGAAAAAGAAGAGAAAAGAUUAAAAUCAGACUAUCUUUUAGAAACUCCUGCUAAAAAGGCUAAGACAUCUCUCCAAGACUUGCUGAAUACUCCACUGCCUAAACUUUUGCCAGAGAUAUCUAUAUCUUCUCUUCCGUAUGCUGCAGAAUUUAAAGCUGCACCAGCUGUGGAAGCUCUUCAGCAAACAAGUGAUACGGUUCACUUCAUAGGACGGAGGUUGAAUUCCAAGAUGCAGGUGUACUCUGGCUCCAAAACAGUCUGCCUUUCAAAAAUGCUCACACUCUGUGAACAGUGCAUCCGAGUGCUUCAAAAUAAUAUUGAUUCACUACAUGAAGUUGAUGUCCCCUUUGAAAUUCUUGAGCCUGUGCUGACACAUUGUACAUCAGAACAGUUGUUUCGAAUAGAGGACUGCAAUCCAACAUUUACAGAACUGUCUGACCAUUUAUGGAAGAAACACUGUCAAAAAGACUUCAGGAAUGAACAACCUUUGGAGCAUGAAUCAUGGCGUGAAACGUACCUGAGAGUUUUCAGUCAAAGAGAAGAGAAACUGAAGUCUCUCACCAGAAGCAUUCUUUCAGCUCAGUCUGAAAAACCUAAAGGCAGACAAGUUAAACUAGCCUUCGAGCACUGCAUUGCAAUGCCACCCAGAAAUGUGCGACGUCAACAAGAAAUCCACGGAACAGCAAGCUGUGUUCAGUCUGAAAUGAAACGUCCAGAAAAUGGAGGAAGUGGUAAUAUUUCUGCGAGCUCAAGCUCUACCAAAGGCAGCAGUGCAGCUUCUACCAGUUGCUCCUCUUACACAAAUGGAACAAAUCAAGAUGCAAAAAAGCCUUCCAAAAAAAUUGCUCCGAUGAUGAAAAAAUCCCUAAGAGCCUUCAAAAAUAGAGUUGGACCAUGUACUUUGCCACCCCGGAUUCCCAAACACUGGCACCAGAAUAAUGUAAUUGACAUGGGAGGAAAAGUCAGCCAGUAUCUGUUUAAAAUUAUAUGCUAUCACAACUGGGAACACAACAAAGAUGUCAACAAAGGAGCAGCAAAUGAAGACAGGAACCCAGUAACUAUUCAGAUAUCUUCCAGUAUUCCUCCCCUCAGUUUACAGGGAUGUUUCUGUAUAGUCAAAGGGCUUAAAGUAUACCUUGCAGCUGUGGAGGAUAUGGGCCCCAUUAGUCAAAAGUAG